UUAGUACUUCUUCAACCCUUGUACUAUUUAUAUAUUCUUAAAUCGUUAUUUAUUUAAUUUUUAUUAGUUUGUAUUUGUGUUCCACACGUGGCGGCCGGUUGCUUGUAGUAAAAUGGCUCAGGCAUUAAAGAAAUUAACUGUUCAAGUGCUUAAAAAUAAUAAUGUAGAAAAUAUCAUCGGUUCCACAGCUGUUAGAACGAACAGUACAUGGUGGAACAAUGUGCAGAUGGGUCCACCAGAUGUGAUCCUUGGCAUCACAGAAGCAUUCAAAAGAGACACAGACCCUAAGAAGGUCAACUUAGGAGUGGGAGCUUAUAGAGAUGAUGAAGGGAAACCCUUUGUGUUGCCAUCUGUUAGAAAGGCAGAAGAAAUCCUUCACAGCAGGUACCUAAAUCACGAAUAUGCACCCAUCGGCGGCGAGGCCGCGUAUACUGAUGCUGUUGCUAAGCUCGCGUUUGGUGCAGACAGUCCAGUUCUCAAGGAAAAGUCCAACUGCACGGUGCAAACGAUAUCCGGAACCGGUGCCUUACGUCUUGGUUUUGAAUUCAUCUCAAAACAUUACGCCAAGAAUAAAGAAAUCUGGUUGCCGAGUCCUACAUGGGGGAACCACCCCCAGAUAUGCAACACUCUCGACAUAUCACACAAUAAGUACCGCUAUUAUGACCCGAAGACCCACGGUUUUGACCUGCAGGGUGCCAUCGAAGACAUCCGAAAAAUUCCUGAGGGGUCUAUAAUACUUCUACACGCAUGCGCCCAUAAUCCAACCGGCGUGGACCCCAGGCCUAAUGAGUGGCAGCAGUUAUCCCAGGUAAUCAAAGAAAAGAAACUGUUCCCGUUCUUCGAUAUGGCUUACCAGGGAUUUGCGACUGGCAAUGUAGACAAUGACGCAUUCGCUGUCCGUCUGUUCGUGAAGGAAGGCCAUCAGGUCACACUUACCCAGAGUUUCGCCAAGAAUAUGGGCCUUUACGGAGAGAGAGCAGGUGCCCUCACAUUCCUGUGUGGUGAUGAGGAAUCGGCUGCAAAGGUGCUGUCCCAGGUCAAGAUUAUGGUCCGCACCAUGUACUCCAACCCGCCUUUGUUCGGCUCCCGUAUUGUACAAGAAAUCCUAACCAAUCCAGAGCUUGAAAAGCAGUGGCUGGUGGACGUGAAGCAAAUGGCCGACCGCAUCAUCUCGAUGCGAACCCAGCUCCGCGCCGGUAUCGAGGGCGCCGGCAACAAGCGGUCAUGGCAACACGUGACCGACCAGAUCGGCAUGUUCUGCUUCACCGGACUCAAGCCCGAAGAGGUGGAUAGGCUAUCCAAGGAGUUCCAUAUUUACUUGACCAAAGACGGGCGCAUCUCAGUCGCCGGUAUAUCUUCUAAGAACGUCAACUAUGUCGCCGAGUCUAUCCACAAAGUCACCUCAUAAAACUUAUCGAUUGCACACUUAAUUGUUAUAAGAACAUGUAUUGCCACACUACACAACGCCAGUACAGAACACAGUAUUUAUUUGAAACUUUUUUAUGUACAUUUAUAAAAAUUUAUAUAAUUAUAAUGUUAUAAACAUUAUUCGUAGGUAUCGUAAGGAAAAUGUGAUUAUGAUUAUAAAAAACAUGCUUUUAAGAAAAUAAAUAUAUA